CCAACCUCUUCUUCGAUAUCUUUUUAAAAUCCACACACAAAAAUGAUGAUGAAUAUUUGGGUCAACGGAACACAACCAACUUGGAUUCCAGCUGGUUUUCAAAUCCCUCCACAUCUUGUUGGACAACAACAACAACUUGUUUCUCAAGCACAAAUGAUUUACUAUCAAUAUGAUAAGGAUCACAGCGGAACUUUGAAUAAGAAGGAAUUUAAGAAGGCAGUUCGUAAUCUUGGAUUGACAAAAGAAGAAUCCAAACACUUGUUCAAAAUGGUUGACCGUGAUCAUAACAAGAAGGUUAACAUGUUUGAAUUCAUCAAUGCCUAUCUUUUCGUUAUUGGUGGAGGAAUGCGUUAUCAAGGAACUGGCUAUACUGGACCAUAUGGAAGUUAUGGAAAUAACAAUAUGAUGCACGUUUCCACUUAUCCAACCACCACUGGUUAUGGUUAUCCUUCAGUUCCAUCGAAUACUACCACAACCACAACUGUUUAUUCAACCACAACUCCAACUUCAUAUCCACCAAAUACCAUCACUCCAAAUGUUUAUUCAUCAACAACUUCAUAUCCACAAAAUACCAUCACUCCAAAUUAUCCAUCUUAUGUACCAUCAUCAACUGGUGGAAUUUCUAUGAAUAUUUCAUAUCCAAACAGUACUGGUUCAAUGAAUGUGUCAACAUAUCCAAAUGCCAAUUUCACAGUUACUAGUAACUCAUAUCCAAAUAUGAAUGUUUCUACUUAUCCAACUGUUCCAACUUCAACCAUGCCAACUAUGAAUGUUUCCACUUAUCCUUCUGUUCCAUCAAGUACUUAUACUCAACCAACUUCUUAUCAACCACAAGUGAGUUCUACAACUGGUGGUCGUACAUUGAUGGCCAAUCUUCGUUCAGCUCAUUUCAAAUUCCUCUGUUGUGAACCAUCUGGACAAGUUGUUGCCAACAGAGAUGCCAAUGGACCAUGGGAAGCAUUGACUUUGAUUCACGUUUCUGGUUCUCAAUAUGCUUUCAAGUCUGCUCAUGGCAAGUAUGUCUGUGCUGAACCUUCUGGUCAAGUUAUUGCUAAUCGUGAUGCUUUGGGUCCUUGGGAACAAUUUACACUUGCUCAAUCUGGUAGCAAUGUUGCUUUCAAGUCUGCUCAUGGUAAAUUCUUAUGUGCUGAACCAAGUGGUUUGGUUGUUGCUAAUAGAGAUGCUUUGGGACCUUGGGAACAAUUCCAAUUCACCCUUGCUCCAAAUCAAUCCAUCUCAUUCAGACAUAAUCAUGGUAAAUUAUUGUGUGCUGAAUCCAAUCACUCAAUGGUUGCCAAUAGAGAUGCCAUUGGUCCUUGGGAAAAAUUUACUGUUGAGAGUCAUAGUGGAAAGAAUGUUUUCAGAUCUGCUCAUCGUAAGUUAUUGUGUGCUGAACCAAGUGGUUUGUUGGUUGCAAACAGAGAUGCUGUUGGACCUUGGGAACAAUUCACUGUUGAAUUGCACGGAAAUGGUAAAAUUGCUUUGAAGUCAAAUCACAAUACCUAUGUCUGUGUUGAACCAAGUGGACAAAUUGUUGUCAAUAGAACUGCUGUUGGUCCUUGGGAACAAUUAUCCUUCAACAUGUAAUUUUAAUACAAUUUUCCUUUUUUGAAAUACAUCAUUUCUUAAUAUCAAA